AUGAUCAAUAUAUUGUUCUUUGUAUGUUGUUUGGUGACUAGAAGUGCUAGCCAAAGAGUUGAUGGCAUGCAUAAUAAAUUACAAGAAGACUUUGAGCUGGAGAGACAAUUAAAAAUUAUUAACAAGCCUCCUGUUAAAAGUAUACAGAGGAAACCGAGCAAUCAAAAAACGAUUGAAAAUCCCAAUUUAAGGAAUUCCCCAUCUAAACCCAAAUUUGGGCUUGAAAAACCCUGUCCAAAAGGAACGGUUCCUAUUCGGAGGACAACAAAAAAUAAUCUUGUUCAAGCCAAAUCAUUACUAGAUAACCAAAUUUUGGCACAACAAGAUCCCACAUAUCGUACUCAUGUUGCUGGAGUUUUCGUUGUACCCUUUGGAAAUUUUAAUGGUGUGAAUGGAACUUCUAGCGUUUGGCAACCAAUUGUUGAAAAAGAUCAAUCAAGCGCCGCUCUUACGUGGGUUCAAAAUGGACCAAUAAAUGCAUUAAAUGAAAUUGCUGCUGGGUGGCAUGUGGCUCCACAAUUAUACAAUGGUGAUGUUGGAACUCAUUUGUUCGCACAAUGGACGGUAGAUACUUUCCAGAACACAGGAUGCUACAAUGUACUAUGUUCAGGUUAUAUUCAAACUGAUCAUAGUUAUUAUCUUUGUGGACGUUUGCUUAAGACAUCUGAACACAAUAAUAUUAUUGAGUUUCAAGUUGGGAUCACCCAGGAUCCUGAUACUAAAAGUUGGUGGUUAAAUGUGGAGAAUACAAAUAUUGGAUAUUUCCCAACAGAAUUAUUCACUAACCUAGCAUUAUAUGCAAAGCAAGUGGGAUGGGGUGGUAGAACAACUCAUGCCGGCAUUCCUAGUCCUCCAAUGGGAUCUGGAGUAUUUCCGGACAUGGACACGCGUGGGGCAAGCUAUUUUAGGUGGGUGUCAUUCAAGAAUGGAACUAGAUACUACGACACACCAGAUUAUUUGACAAAAGCAUUCACAGACAACGACGAUUGUUAUAGGGCUAAAUUCUAUGGAUAUGAGAAAAACAAUAUUGGAUCUAUUCUUCAAUUUGGAGGACUUGGAGGAAAAUGUGACAAUUGA